AUAAAAUUUAUUUUUAUAUAUUUUAUUUUUAUUAUUUUAAUCUCAUCAAUUUUAUUAUUAUUAAAUAAAUUUAUUUCAAUUUAUAAAAAAAAAGAUUAUGAAAAAAGUUCACCAUUUGAAUGUGGAUUUAAUCCAAUUACAAAAGCAAAUUUACCAUUUUCUUUACCUUUUUUUCUAAUAACAAUAAUAUUUUUAAUUUUUGACGUUGAAAUUAUUUUAUUUCUACCAAUUAUUUUUUAUCUAAAAUCAUCAAGAACAAUAAUUUCAUAUUUAAUAAUUUCAAUUUUUCUUAUCUUAUUAAUUACCACAUUAAUUUUAGAAUGAAUAAAUAAUUAUUUAAAUUGAUUAUUUUAA